UUCACCCCUUCUUCUCCUCUUCUUCUUCGCCGCCCCACGCCCUACUCACCACCAUCUCUUGGCCACUGAACCACCACCACCCACCGCUCGUCCGACAAGCCGUCUCGCUGUUGAGCCCAACAAGCUAUCGCGCCGUCCGCGCCGCCCCUCGCCGCCGUGAGCCGCCGCCGCCGUCCCAAGCCACCGUCACCACCUCUUGCCGCCGCUCGCUUGGCCGUUCGGGCCGUCAUUGCUCCGAACCACCACCUCCAAAACCGAGCUCUUCCCCUCUUGGCCGUGGGUUGAGCCGCGACUGCCGCCGUCUUCGCCGCGUCGUCCGUGCCGUCGUUGGUGCCGUGAGACUCUUGUCUUCGUCGCCGGACCUCCCUCAACACCGCCGAUGGAUGCGUCACCCCUCGCUCACCUCACCACUCAGUCGCUUGUCGUCGACGCCGCUCGUCCCCCAGGUGGAGGCUACUCGCUCGCCAGCCCCCCGACGCAGCUCGCUACUCACCCAGCCGCCCAAUCAACCUUAACUCCACACCCCUUCGCCUCCACCCCAACGAAGCUGCUCUGCUACGGGCUGUGAUUGGCGGCGAAGCUGAAGGAGGAGAAGUAGGAGGCGGCGGCGGUGAGCUCUUCUUUGUCUUGGAGACUUCCAAUUACGCAUGGAGUUGAUUCCCGGUCUUCCCGACGACAUAGCCCGAGAGUGCCUCAUCCGGGUCCCCUACGCCGGAUUCUCCGCGGUCGCGUCCACGUGCAAGGGAUGGAAGGCUGAGAUCGAGCUUCCGCAGUUCCGGUCGCAUCGCAAAUCUGCAGGCCGCAGCCAAACGAUCAUCGUCAUGGCUCAAGCCGUUCUUGACCCGGCCCGGAGCAUCGGAUUCGCGAAGCUUUACCAUGUCCCGGUUUACCGCCUGACUACUUUCGAGCCGGUUUCGGGUUCUUGGAGCGAGUUGUCACCGCCUCCUGAGUUCUCCAGGGGCUUCCCCAUGUUUUGCCAGUUGGCCGCUGCCGGGUCGGAUCUUAUCGUGAUCGGCGGGCUCGACCCGGUUUCGUGGGAGGCCUCGAGUUCGGUCUACAUCUAUAGCUUCAUAACUGCCACGUGGCGGCGCGGGGCCGACAUGCCGGGCAUGCGGCGCUCGUUCUUUGGCUGCACGUCGGAUGGCGACCGCAUGGUAUUCGUCGCCGGAGGGCACGACCGCGAGAAGAACGCGCUGAGGUCCGCGAUGCUAUACCACGUGGAAAGAGACGAGUGGAUGGCUUUGCCCCACAUGGCUAGGGACCGCGACGAGGGCAAGGGGAUCUUCCACGGUGGCAAGUUCCACGUCAUCGGCGGGUAUGGCACCGAGAUGCAAGGCAAGUUCGAGAAGAGUCGCGAGUCGUUCGACCCCGCGACGUGGCAGUGGGGCCCAGUGCAAGACGACGCGUUGAUGGCGAGCACGUGCCCGAGGACCUGCGUGAACGGUGAAGCGGACGACCACUUGUACAUGUGUAAGGAUGGCGACGUGUUGGCCCUCAGAGGAACCACGUGGCGAGUCCAGGCUAAGAUCCCCGGUGGCGUGUACAAUCCUAGUCAUGUGACAAAGUGGCAAGGGAAGUUACUGGUGAUCGGGUCUCCGACAGCCGGUGACCCCCUAAGGGCUUACAUGUUGGACAUGAGUACGUGUACCUGGACAGCCGUGGAGCUGCCGGAAAAGUUUUCCGGUCAUGUUCAAGUUGGCUGUUAUGUGGAGAUUUAGGAGGGACAAGACUGAGAAAUAAAGCUUGCUGUGUACAGAUAAAAAACGAGACUGUUUUCUUUAAUUUGUUACUAUUUAAUUAUACUAGGCUAGGGUUUUUCUUUUGGGACGGCAAUAACCGACGUCAUGAGAUGCAAAUAUAGUGAGUUUUAUGGGGACAACCAAACAAAAGAAAAUGAUUUUUCUUGAUUGGAAAUUUAGCA